CAAAGAGAACGAUUGAUAACGACAUGGGAUUUAAAUAAAGUUCAUUAUUUCUAGUACGUAUUUUCUUACACUAGUUGUUGUGUUCUACUUAUUGCUUAAUGACCAGUCCUAAUUAUGUCCAACGUAAACAGUGGUGUUCAAUGUUCAGUUUAGCUAAAAUAAAUGAUGGUAUUCACUAAAGCCUAUUCGAAUUGCACCGGUAAUGCUUUGUUCGCGGUAAAGACACGUCGUUCUGCACUGAAAACUUACCUAGGUUUUAUAAAAAAUCCGAUAUGUCAAAAGUAUUCAACGAACACUGGUAUUUUGCCAAAGAACUGCAAAGUUGCAAUAUGCGGCGGAGGAGUCAUGGGAGCGUCAGUAGCCUAUCAUUUGGCUCAACUGGGAUGGGGCCCACAGACCAUAGUCAUCGAACAAGACAAAUUAGGCGGUGGAAACAAUUCUUUUUCAUCGGAUCUAGUGGGUGUUUUCAAACCUACCCUGAACCAAGUCAAACUAUGUCAAUCCAGUAUAAAACUUUACCAAGAAUUAGAGUCUCGAGGUUUUCAAACCGGCUGGAAGCAAUGUGGUAGCCUUUGUAUUGCCCGGACAAGAGAUCGCAUGACUGUUUUUAAAAGAAUGAAAUCCCAAUCUGGUCCUUGGGGCAUCAAUUGUGAAAUAGUUGACCCACAACGAGCAAAAGAACUUUGCCCGCUUAUUAGGACUGAUGAUAUUAAAGGAGCAUUAUGGAUACCAGAUGAUGGUGUAGCAGAUUCUUACAAAAUAUGUCUAUCUCUUUUUGAAGCUGCCAAACAAAAAGGUGUUACAGUUGUGGAACAUUGUAAAUUAUUGGAAGUAGUCUGUGAUAGUGGUAAAGUCAUAGCAAUUGAUACAACAAUGGGAUCAGUUGAAUGUGAUUAUUAUGUAAACUGUGGUGGAUUUUGGGCACGUAAAAUUGGACAAUGUAGUAAUCCUACAGUCAAAGUACCUCUUCACCCAGUUGAACAUUAUUACCUUCGUACAAAACCUAUACCAAAUCUUGAUUUUUUAACGCCAGUUGUUAGAGAUCUAGAUGGCCAAAUAUAUUUUAAAGAAUUAAAUGGGUGUAUACUAGCUGGUGGAUUUGAACCUGAAGCUAAACCUGCAUUUGAAGACAUGAAAUGCCCUGAUAAUGCAGCUGGUAGAGAAUUACCUGCAGAUUGGGAUCACUUCCACGUGCUACUUGAACAGCUAUUACAUAGAGUUCCAUCAUUAGCAAAUGCUUCACUUGAUAGCCUAGUGAAUAUUGCUGAAACAUUUUCUCCAGACUGUAAAUGGAUUGUUGGUCAAGCACCAGAAAUUAAAAACUAUUAUGUGGCUGCUGGUAUGAAAACUGUUGGUAUAUCAGCUGCAGGUGGUGUUGGCGAAGGAACUGCUCAAACUAUUGUAAAUGGAUUUUCUAAGUAUGACUUGUAUGAAUUAGACAUGAGUCGUUUCUUAGGAUUACAUAAUAACAGAAAGUUCCUUAGAGACAGAGUAAAAGAAGUACCUGGUAGACAUUAUAGUCUUCCAUAUCCCAAUAACGAAUUUAAAACUGGACGUAAUUUGAGAAUGUCCCCAAUUUAUCCAAAAUUAAAGGAAGCCGGGGCUGUUUUUGAGCAAGUUAUGGGAUAUGAAAGGCCAAGUUGGUUUGAACCAGAAUUAGCAAAGGCACAUUUAAAUGGUACAGCUAAUUCAAAACAAUUUGUUAUUGCCAAGACUAAUUCAUUUGGAAAGCCUGAUUGGUUUGACAUUGUUGAGUCUGAAUAUGAAGCCUGCAGAGAAAGUGUUAGUCUCUUGGAUUAUUCUUCUUUUACAAAACUGGACAUACAAUCAAAGGGUUCGGAAGUAGUGAACUCGCUACAAUAUCUUUGUUCAAAUGAUGUAGAUGUACCAAUUGGCAGUAUUAUUCAUACUGGUAUGCAAAAUGUUCGUGGAGGUUAUGAAAAUGACUGCAGUCUUAUUAGACUAUCAGAAAAUCAUUAUAUGAUGAUUGCACCGACAAUUCAACAAACACGAUGCAAAAUUUGGAUUCAACGCCAUUUACCACCUGAUAAUUCAGUAUCUUUGACUGAUGUUACUUCAAUGUUCACUGCCAUUUGUAUAAUGGGUCCUUUUACACGACACCUGUUGUCUGAUUUAACAGAAACUGAUUUAAGUCCUAAGUCAUUUCCUUUUUUUACCUAUAAAGAAUUAGAUGUUGGCCUAGCAAAUGGAAUUAGAGCAUUAAAUCUCACUCAUACUGGAGAACUAGGUUAUGUUUUAUACAUACCUAAUGAAUUUGCUCUCCAUGUUUACAAUUCAUUGAUUCAAGCUGGAGCAAAAUACAAUUUGAAACAUGCUGGUGGUUAUGCAAUGAAGGCAUUAAGAGUAGAAAAGUUUUAUGCAUUUUGGGGCCAAGAUUUGGAUACAACAACUACACCAUUAGAAUGUGGAAGAUCUUGGAGAGUGAAGUUUGAUAAAGGAACAAAUUUCAUUGGACGAGAUGCUCUAUUACGUCAACAAGAAGAAGGCAUAAAGAGAAUAUAUGUUCAAUUAUUAUUGAAUGAUCAUGACCCAGAUACUGAAUUGUGGUGUUGGGGAGGAGAACCAAUUUUCAGGGAUAGAAAAUAUGUAGGAUCUACAACGACAGCUAGUUAUGGGUUUACAUUUAAAAAACAAGUUUGUCUAGGAUUUGUUCAAAAUUUAGAUAGUCAUGGCAAUGCUUUACCAUUAUCAAAUGAGUAUGUAUUAUCGGGUGAAUAUGAAGUAGAAAUAGCAGGAGUACGAUACCCAGCAAAAGUUAAUAUAAACAGUCCAAAUUUACCAACCAAAUACCCAGAUAAAGAACGUGAAUCCUAUUUUGCUACCAGAGAUAAAAUGGUAUCUGAACCAUUGUUAAGAGAAAAUUAAUGAGUUGAUACAAUUAUUAAAAUUGAAUUAAUUGAAAAAUUCCUAAAUGUUCAAAAAAAAAUUAAAGUUUCCUAUAUUCUUAAUCAUCAUUGAAUGGAUCUUAUAAUUUUGAUUUUACUGUUUAGAAACCAAAGUAUUAGUAGUAUGCAGAGUUUAUACAAUCAUAUUUUAAUAAUUAUAUUACUAGAAAAAUAAUAUUGAUGUUUUUGUUU